CAUCAAUCCAGAUGUUCUGUAUGUACACCAACCAAACAACCUGACCAAAAUAUCAAACAAACAACAGACAAGUCUACUUCCUGUUCCUCGUCUUCUUUUGUGUCGUGCCCACAUCCUCUUCCACUUCGUCCUCUCCCUUCUUCAAGUCUUCUGUCAGGCCCCACUCCUCCUUGUCGUACCAGUCUUCCCCGUCCGACAUGUGGUUGUUUGGUCCGCAGUGCGCCUCUGCCUUGGCCCACAUCAACACCUGUUUCCGCAGCCUGUCUGCACGAAGGAGCUGUUCAUAAAGCUUCUUUGCACCCCGACACACUUCUUCCUGUUUUUGCACAUAUGCUUGUAACCAUCGCCGCAGCUCUUCUGCCUCGUGCUCGGCCAGUCCCAUGUUGCGAUCCUGGCGAACUUCUCGAGGAGCGAUAAACAUGGGAUGUAUAAAAGGGGCGUCUGGGCCGAACGGGUCGCUUGUGGGCGCCACGGCUGGUGUACCAUUGCUGCGCGGCGGUUCUAGUCGAAUAUCUGGUCGGUUCAGAAUAUCUCGUCUUUUUGGCGCCUCGGCCAUGACCACGUCUUCGUCGUCUUCUUCAUCCUUGGUCGUGUCGCCCGAAUGCGCCUCCUCCGCUUGCCUUUCAUCUGUUUUGCUGUCGCCAUUCACUAGUGGAGGCUCUUUCGGGCACUCUGCUGGCUUCGACGCCUCUGCAUUUGUCUCGCCGUUUGUAACAACUGGGGCAUCUGGUAAUGUUUCUCCAUCGACUGUGUCUUCCGAAGCUGGAGCACUUGGCCCCGAAAGAACGCCCUCGAUCCUUUCACGUACAGCCGACUCGGCAAAUGUGCCUUCAUGAGCCGACAUUACCCCAUUCGUAAGGGCCGCAACAGGGGGCGCUGCUGGGCGAAGACGCUGCCGGUCGGGGCGAUUGAAGAACCUUGUAGGAUCUGUAAAGAGGGAAGCGUCGCUGGGACCGCUCAUAAGUCCACAUGGAACCCAAGUAUUAUCCCCAACCAGCUUGGUCAACAGAGGCUUGACCUUCCAAAGCGCCUUAUUUUCGCUCUGCAUGAUGAUGCGCGCCUGGUCAACCAAUUCGGUAAGGGCUUUCGAAGUGAAGGGUUUCGACAUGGCCGGAUGUGUAGGCAGGUCGGUAACCGAGGUUAAGGGGGCAAAGAUCUGUUCGAGGUGAACAUCAGAGUACGGGUUGUCAUCCAUGGCGCUCGCGAUGGCCUCCUGCACCUCCUGUUCAUCGUCGUCGCUCGUGAUAUCGUAGCCGUCCUCGUCAAUCAGCGGCGGGUUGUGGUUAAUGAUGGCUCUUUGGUAGCCUGCGUGCUCGGCGGUCUGUAUCCAGUUAGCCUUGGGUUGCGAGGGCUUCGUCUCGUGGUGUGCACCUCUUUAUAUGCAGCGGGGCCCGCGGAGCCAGUAAGCCUCCCUCGCGCGACGAAUCUCGACCUCUUUUUGAGUUUGUUUCCGCGGUUAGUGGGUUGGUCAAUCGAGGAGUCGGAGUCGGAGUCUAUCGACAUGAUGGUGUUAGCACAUUGUCACAGCAGCAGAGGGAGUGUCACUCGGAGGGGGGGGGGUACCGUAGGAUUUCCUCUUAAGCUUUUUCCGGAUGCCUAUUAUGGUCUCCAUGACCAAAGCUUGCUGCUGGUUUGACAUUUUGGCGGUUUCUGGCCCUGGGGCGCCCUCCUUUGCGGAUUUCCGGUUUCUGUUGGCCGAAGCUCCCUGGGACCUGGGUGCAAGCAGUGUAUGGGGAGAAGAUGUUGGUAGUAAAUGAGAUAUUGUCGUGCGGUUUCAAUUUCUUUUGUUUCUUUCCAGAAAAGGGCUCUGGGUGUGGUAACGAGCGUGGCUGGCGAAGCUCAAAUGCUGUCGCGAAAAUGAUGGCGACAGGCGACGACGGGAACGGGGAUGCCCAGAACCCCAGCUUUGGCGCUUGUUCCUGGAACUGACGGCGGGCAGCCACGGCAGAAAGUGGGGAAAGACCUGUGCCGAGCUCACCGCCUUUGGUUGGGAAUUUAGGGUUAGGGUACUCAGCUUUUGUACUCAUUUAUCCACCAACCCUGAGCCUUCACCAACACUGACAACCCUGACGAGUAUCAACCGCACCAUACAAGGGAGAUCGAGAGACAUCACAGGAACCGCGGGCGGUUUUGUUCGCCUCUUGUACAUAUAUAUCACCAUCAAUUUUAUUUCCCGUUCAUAUUUUCUUUCCAAGAGAUCCGUGCCGUUGACCAACCAGAAACUCCAAACACGCAACGUCACAGCCUCUCACGUCUUUGCCGUGCCUUCAAUAUUCAAGCCGGGUAAUUGACCACCACCACCACCACCGCCACGUCUACAAUUUUCGAAAAGGCCACUUGUUUUGUUUGACCAUUCGGUCAUCUCUACCAUCACAUAUAUUCAUCUUUCAUCAUCCCAAUUGAUGACACUCAGCCCUCAUCCUCAGUCUCACCAAUGCCAACCCCCGCAAAAUGUCCUCCAUCUACACCCUGAACCUAACCGCCCUCCUCGCCCUCAACGCCGCCCUCUUCUACACCCGCCAAAAAGCCCACCCCACCCCACCAACAUCAACACCCUCCCCCAAACCCAACCCCAAACCCCAAAAUGCCUCGCCCCUCCAAUCCCUCCUCACCUCCCCUCUAACCCCCUUCCUAACAGUCUACACCCUCACCAUGACCUCCGACUGGCUCCAAGGACCCUACCUCUACCCCCUCUACACCUCAACCCACCUCCUCUCCCCCUCCUCCCUCCCCCCCCUCUUCACAACCGGCUUCCUCUCGGGCGCCAUCUCGGGCUCCUUCAUCGGCUCCCUAGCCGACACCCACGGCCGCAAGAAAGCCUGCCUCGCCUUCUGCGCCAUCUACGCCCUUUCCUGUCUCUUAACAACCAUCUCCCCUUCUUUACCAGUCCUCUUUCUCGGGAGGAUACUAGGAGGGCUAGGAACAAGUCUCUUGUUCACCGUCUUUGAAAGUUUCUUGGUUUCGGAUUUUAAAAACAGGGGGUUGGAGGGGCGGUUAGGCGAGACGUUUGGGGUGAUGAGCACGUUGAAUAGUAUGGUGGCGAUAGCGAGCGGGAUCGGGGGGGAGUGGCUUGUGGCGGGGACGGGGACGAAUAAAGCGCCGUUUUGGUUGGCGGCGGGGGUGUUGAUGGUUGCGGGAGGGGUGAUGAAGAUGACUUGGAAGGAGAACUAUGCCCUGAACGGGGGGCCAGAUAAAAAGAGUGAUGAAGAAGCCAAGGAAGAGAAGUCGUUGUUCAAGACGCUGUCUGACCCGAAGAUACUGGCUCUGGGGCUGUCGACUACCGUGUUUGAAGGGUCGAUGUAUCUGUUUGUCUUCUUCUGGGCUCCCGCGUUGCAGUCCUCCUCCUCCUCCUCCUCCUCGUCCUCCGCAUCAGGGACGUCACUGCCUUAUGGUGUCAUUUUCGCGGCGUUUAUGGCUUCGACGCUGGCGUCUUCAUUGAUCUUUGGCAAGAUCACAGAGAGACUGCCGUUUGGCUCGCUGUUGCUCUCCCUUUUAGGGGUGUCAUCGCUUUGCUUUUUCUUAGCGGCGUCGAACACGUCCUCUUCGCAGUUCACCUUCUGGGUGUUUUGUCUGUUUGAAGCUUGUGUGGGGAUGUAUUUCCCUACUAUGGGGUUUUUAAAGGGGAAGUUGAUCGAUGAUGGGGUCAGGAGCCAGGUGUACGGGUUUCUGAGGAUACCGCUCAACGUUUUUGUGGUGGUAGCUUUGCUGGUUACGGGGAGGAUGGAGAGCGACAAGGCGUUUGUGGGGGUGUUUAGGGUGUGCUCUGGCUUGCUUUUGCUGGCGGCGGGAGGGUUUUGGGGGUUGGUGGUGAGGAAAAGCGGAGUUGAUGUGCAGGUAGAGUGACUGAUAAGGGGGGUUGAACAAGCCGUUAACAUGAAGACUUUCUCAACUCAAGUCUCCAGGGACGAGUAUGUCUCACUCCUCGAUAUCUGCCUCCAGCUUGAUGACCUCUGACGAUCUCAACGACUGAGCUUCCUCCGGGGUGAUAGUCAAAAACUUGACAAAAUCUCCCCGUCCCGCCCAUCCCCAGAGGUAUCAAGAACACUGCAAAGGGAAUCAAGCGUCCAGCCCCCAUUGAGCAGUUUCGUCCACGUCUCCAAGGCAGCCAAAGUUGCUUCGGGGCUGUCAAAACGGCUUCGUACCAUCGAGAAAAAUCUUGAAAAAGCGCAAGCAGUCACUCGGCGCUAUGGAAAGCAUUUGGCAAAUUACGGUAUGCCGGUACAGAGCCGAAAGACUGUCUGAGGUAAGUAAGGCGGUUUCAUCUCCCAGGCCUGCUGCCUUCCUAAGUGCUGAAAAGUGCUGCUGCGGCCAUUUAAAGACCUGACAAACGCGCAUUUCUACCUCGUCGAUGGUAAAGGGUUUACCCUCACGCUCCAGAGGGCUUAUGCUCGCCGUUCUUUGGCUGGUGGAAAGCCGUGGAGAGUCGCUCAGGUGCGGCCGGAGGGAGGAGUUUGGUGUGCAGAAAUGACCUUUCACCGAAGAAGUCCAUGGGGUCCCCAGAGAGGUGGCAGCGCAGCGCGGGCAAUAUCAUACUGAGCGUCUAGCUUGGCAAUAGCAGACAGGCUCUUGAUCACAAAGGGGGUGGUUGCGGAGAGUUCAGGGGUUCGUAGUGGCGCUGAAGACUUCCCGGUGGCGGUUUGUUGAAGCUCAAGAUUUCUCAAGCAAUAUACUGCAGCAUCCAAUUCCUUGAUCGAACGCCCGAGCUUGGAUUUGAGACGGAUGGAAGCUGCAAUCUCCAGCACCAAAUCAUCGGUCAGUGGGUUUGGUCCGCUAGCCAGCAGACGCAAGUCUUCGAUAGAGCCGGUAAGCUUCGCAGAACCAUCUUUGCUGACAACGGCAAGGUCCUGGGAGAAAAUCUGUGUCUUGACGAGGUCUCCAUCGCCAAAAGUCUCGACAAGCCUGGGAGAUAAAAGUCCGAAGCUGCGGAAGAUCUACAGAGCUUCGUGGUGGGACUUGUUGAAAGGGAACACUGAGAAGGGUACAGUUGCUGAGAUAUCACCUUGUCAUACACAAACUCGUCGGUGUUGCCCGUGUCACGGUAGGCUGGAACUGCCUGUGCAUCACCAUGGCACACGAUGUCUGUAGGGAUUGAGGGCUGCCAGCUAACGACCUGGAAUUUGGUCGGAGAGUCCUUGUCGGCUUGGUAGCGGAUAUGUGAUUCCAGAACCUCGUUGACGAGACUGAUGUGGGGUAUCUUUGUCCGAGAAUCGGCACAUGUAAGUUCGAGAGAUAUCACAUCUCGUCUUCUGUUGCAUAAUAUGUCGAACAUAGUGGGCACCUGCUUCAGAUUGCCCA